CUAGGUCUGUAUAAAAGUGUCGAAGAAGACAUGAGCACACUUCGAGAGUUAUUUACAAAAGAAGUCUCAAGCAAUCUCGACACGUACAAGAAAUGGAUCAACCUUCCUGACCCUGAAGCACAGCUUGAGAUCGAGCAGUUUUCGAAGCCAGGCUGGUUUAGUUCAGACAUUGGUGAUCUUUGCGUCAUGGUCUGCAGUCGUAUCGUCCAAGCACCCAUCGUUGUCAUAACAUCGUAUAUUCACGCGCCAUACUUGCCUUUCUUGCCAGAAAAAUUGUCGUCUUCGCAACCGUUAUUUAUUGCGUUUGACCACACUGCUCCAGGACACUACGACUCCACACAAGGUGGGUGAUGAGUACCAGUCCUCCUUUAGAAAGUUCUUGCUAGUCUCAAUACAUAUCACAGUUGUUUUGGGUUUGUUUUGAGUUUGUUUUGGCUUUGUUUUGAUGUUGUUUUGGGGUUUGUUUUGAGUUUGUUUUGGAGUUAUUUUGAGUUUGUUUUGGGGUUCUUUCGGUGUUGUUUUGACUUUGUUUCGGGUUUUGUUUUGGGUUGGGUUUGAGUUUGUUUGGGUUUUUUUUUGGUGUUUGUUUCGAGUUUGUUUUACCUUGUAACAUUCUUGUUAUAUCAUGAAUAUAUUAGAACAACCUUGUAACAAGUCUGGUAUGCCAUCAAGCUUGUUACAGCUUGUUCCAAACUUGUUACAACAACUGGGAACAAGCAGUGCGAACACAACUUGUCGACAGCUUGUGAACAACUUGUUUGCAGACCUGUAACAACUUGUGCGUUUUUACGCGUGAAGGCCUAGUUUUCUUUACAUCUUUCUGUAUAUUUCCAGAACUCUUGUUACCAUCCAUGAAGAGUCCUACAGGUUUAAAAUGUUCCUGUGGCAAGGCGAGGAAAGGUGAUAAAGAAUACAGUACAAAAUCAUGCACAGAAACAGAACCUGGGCAAUCCAAGUGUUCUUGUUUCAAACUGGGUCAGCCUUGCGGUCGAUUGUGUCGCUGUAAGGAUUGUUGCAAUCCUCUGAACGAGAGUGAAAGAAAGUUUCGUCCUGCCAGGAAAAACAGAAAGGCAUGUAUGUGUGGCAAUGGAAGAAAGGUACUAUAUUUUGUAAAAUUAUUGUAAUUCAAAAAUUUUGUAAUACAAAAAAAUCUCUUAAUAAUUCAUGAAAAAAACUCAAAAUAAAUCAAUGUUUAAUGUGAGCUGCAUGGUCUUAGCUAGGAUUUUAGAUCUUGGGCGUGUUUCUAAUGACCAGGGCGUGCACAUGUGAAUUACCUUGAAUAGCAAAAUCACGGUUCUAGUUAUGCUCGCCAACAACAAUGCCUGUGGUUGUUCUACGCUUUGCAACCAAAUACAAAAUUACAAGGCGAGCAUACACUCACAUUGCGCACUGACAUUAAAAUAUUAAGUUAUUUCAGCAACUCUUGGGGGUAUUUAAAAACCAUUUUAACACCAUACAGUUCCCAUUAUCCAUCAAAACAUUAAAACAUCACAGAUCACUUUUGCCAAUUCAACAACAACAGUAGAUUUUACAAACUUUUUUACGACGUGAAUAGGAGGAAAUUCUGUCUGUUAUAAGUAGCACCACCUUAUUUUAUGAACAUACACGGCCUUAUAUGAAAAGUGAAGCCGCGUUCAUCUUAUAUAGCCGUGUUUUCCCACUUUUGGCCGCGAUAACACGGCCCUCUAGCUAAGACCCUGGUGAGCUGUUGUAUCCACAUUUAUAAAACUCCCCAUGAACUUUUCCCUCGAUUUUCUCAAGUAAAAUCACUUUGAAUAAUUUCUUAUCUUGAUAAUUUUCUUGCAGGAAAGCGAUGGCGAGUUCGUCUCGUGUAAAGACAAAGACAGUCGUAAAUCCAAGUGUCCGUGUUUACGAGACAACGUCGGUUGCACGAGUGAUUGUCGUUGUCGUCAUUGCGGCAACAUCUAUAACUCUCCUGAUGAUCUUCCUGGCAAGAGACAACCUGAAGACGAACCAGCCGCGUUUAAAGGGAAAGCGAAACGCAGGCGAAGCAACCCACAGGUUAGUUCAUCAUAAUCUACACACGUAAAAACGUACAAGUCACAAGCUUUCAACAACUUACAGGUCUGCAAACAAGAUCUGAAAACAGGUCUGUUUGUUACAGGUCUGUUUGUUACAAGUCUGUAAACAAGUUGUUACAAAUCUGUUCACAAGUUGUCGACAAGUUGUAUUCGCACUGCUUGUUCCCAGUUUGUUGUAACAAGUUUAGAACAAGCUGUUAACAACUUGUAACAAGCUUGAUGGCAUUAUCAGGCUUGUUACAAGGUUUUUCUAACAAGUCUGAUACAGUCAUAAUAUAACAAGAAUGUUACAAGGUUGACGACACAAGGUUGUACCAAUAUUGUUAUAUCAUGACUGUGUCGGACUUUACUUUGGGGUUAGGGUUAGGGGGGUGGGGGUUAGAGGUUAGGGUUGGGGUGGGGGUUAGGGUUAACAACCCAAUAACUUAUUGCUAAUAACGGUUGAUAAUUACAAUACUAUAUUGUUGAUAACGCAACGAGCGGCUGGCAUUCGAGACUCGAUCUGAAAUGGCUUAUAUCUCUAAAAACAGCAGCAGAAGUUAUUUUUGUCUGAACGAAACUACUUUUCUUUAGUCAUACAAGCGAAUCAAAGGAGCGGUGUUUGCGUCGAACCAAGAUGGCGAGCUCUCCUCGGGGAUCUGGACCGAGCUUGAAACCAUCAUGCUUGUCGUCAUUCAGGAAAUCUUGUUUCUAACUGACCUGCCUUCUGAGCCCGCAAACAUCACGUCGCUGUACCAGUUUAUCGCGGCUUCGGAAUUUGUCACGGAAAUUAAACUUCCUAUUGUGAAGAAGGAAGCUGUGGAAGUUCAAGCCAAGCUCGAGGAAAUGGUUGCCAAGCAACAGCUGAUGUUAGCAGGAUUGAAUCCGCAAACAUUGACGGUCAGCGAGGUUGAGAUGGCGACUGUGUGACAUUGUUUUACACCUUACUACAUUUGAGAACUUUUUAUCUUUUAAUAAUAACCAUGGUCCAUGUUAAAUGGUUACUUGUCCACACGCCACGAAAUUUUAUCUGUUUGUAAAUUUACCUGAUUAAUAAUAGAGUUGGGCGAUUAUUGAUAUUAUCGAUUCCUUCUGCCAUAUCGUAAUGAAGGCAGAAACGAUAUAUCGUAAUUAUCGUGAUUAUCGAUGACUACGUGAUUUUGCAUCGCAUGUGUACAUGGCUUUCAUAAAAGCGGAAAACAAUUCUUUUAAUCGUUGGAAAUAUACUUCUUUAUAGAAGAUUUGAAUUUGUUUCUGUUUUAAUUAAUGUUCUUUACAUUAAUUAAAAAUGAAACUAUGUGGUUAUUGUUUUUGUUAUGUAUUACAUUCAUCUACCUAAAAUCUCGAUGUUUACUGCUAUAUCACACGGAUUUUACGCACAUACAUUAAAUUGCAAUUAGAUUCGUAGUCUGCGUAGCGGCUCUACGCAGGCUAUUAGACUCCUAUUAGAAAUAACUUUUCAAAUUAUAUAGCAUAACAUUCUUGCAGCGGG